CUACAGAGGCACAGGAGGCCAAGGACGAGCUUGUCAAAGAGCUCGAGCGCACUUCUCCAUUUGAAAAGGAGGUCAAAGAAAAGAACCUUCUCAUCGGAAAGCUGCGACAUGAGGCUAUUGUGCUCAAUGAUCACCUUACCAAGGCUCUGCGCUACCUAAAGAAGACAAAGCCGGAAGAUAAUGUUGACAGGUAAACAAGUUGUCACCAACCACCUGCUUCAUUUCCUCACGCUAGAUCGCGGUGACGCCAAGCGUUUCCAAGUUUUGCAAGUCAUGGCAGGCUAUCUCAACUGGACUGAUGAGCAGCGGGAACAGGCCGGACUUGCUCGACCAGGGGGUUCUAGCAACUCCUUACGCCUCCCCCUCUCCCCCUUCCAGCGCACCCCCAGCUCGCCAUCACUGAGUGCAGACAUAUUCUCUGAGCCCUCGUCUGCGAGAGAUAGAGAAUCCUUGGCUGAGCUCUGGGCCGGCUUCCUAGAGCGUAGUGCACAGGAGGGAACCAGUGAAGGGCCAUCAAGAAAAGGCAGUGCAAGCAGUGUAGCCACAGGUGCCGGUGUCACAAUAGGGCGUCCGGAAUCACGGUCUUAAUAUUGUUAGAAGUGAUAUAGAUAUUGUGGAGCAGAAGAAUUCAAUUUCAACCAUGACACGAUACAUUAGAAAC